CAGGCAGGAACUGGCGAGGGACGAGCCGGCGCGCAUGGAGGGCGCCGACUCGCGUGCGCUGGUGAGGACGGAGACCCCAUCGGCGUCGCCGCAGGGCCUGCAUGUGGCCAAGGGCGCACUUCUUCUUCAGGUGCCGUCCGCCUCCGACUCCAGCCUCGGCUCGGCUGCCACCAUGGAGCAGGCGUGGCUCCGCGCCGACUCCUACGAGGUGACCAGCCGGGAGGGGAACCCCGGCCAGGCGUCGGUGGAGAUGUUCUUCUCCAGCCUGCAGGCCAACCUCAAGGCCAGGGCAGCCGAGGCCGCGGCUAAUGUUGCCAAGGUGGAGGAAGCCGGCAAGGCUGUGAUGGACCGGCGCACCACUCUGUAUAAUCGCGCCGUCACCCAUUACCACAAGGCCAAGCUGGACCGGGCCGACUUGGCCCGCGAGCUGGAAGCCGCCAAGGUUGAAGCCGCCAAGGUCCCGCAGCUGGAGUCGGAUCUCCGAGCCGCUCGCGCCCAGUGCGCCGAGAGCGAGGAGGCGGGCCGAUCCGCCGCCGGCAAGCUCAAGCUGGCUGAGCAGGAGUUGACGCGGCUGCGCCUGCUGGAGCAGAACCAUCUCGCCGAGCUCAACUCCCUCAGGACGGCGGAGAAGGAGAAGGUGGAUGAUCUGAGCCGGCGGCUGACGGAGGUGGAGAAGCAGCGGCUUGUGCUGCAGGAGGAGGUCACCGCUAAGUCCACGGAGCUGACGGCUACCGCCAAGCGCUGGACCGACGAGUUUAGCGCGCUUGAUCGCGGCUUGGCGGCGGCCUUCCCGGAGACGCAGGACGCGGCUUUAGCAGCCGUUGGCGUCGCGCGCGACUCCAGGAGGCGGGAGACUGGCGAGGGCAGCUCAGAGUACUUCUCCAUGGAGGACCACAUGGCGUCCAUGGCUGCCCGCAUCGAGCCCAUCACCAAACUCGGCUGGGAGCUUCGGAAGGCGGCCGAAGAGCUGAAGUCCAAGCACUUGGACGUUGGACUCAGCAGCGAGUGA